AUGCCACUUGAUCUCUCGCUGUACCUGGUGACAGACUCCACGCCGGCAAUCCUCAAAGGCCGAGAUCUGUGCGCAGUAGUUGAGGAGGCACUCAAGGGAGGUGUCACCGUAGUGCAAUAUCGGGACAAGAAAAGCGACACCGGAGACUUGAUCGCCACGGCCAGCAAGCUGCACCAGCUCACCCAGAAAUAUGGUGUCCCUCUCCUGAUCAAUGAUCGUGUUGAUGUCGCCCUUGCGAUUGGAGCGGAGGGUGUGCACUUGGGUCAAGAUGAUAUGAACUUUUCGCAGGCCAAACGACUUCUUUCCAAGGAUUCAAUCAUCGGUAUUAGCACCUCGAACCUGGAAGAAGCCCGCAAGGCCAUCGCCGAUGGGGCGGAUUACUUGGGCAUCGGAACAAUGUUUGCCACGCCAACCAAGACGAACACAAAGUCGGUCAUUGGCACUGCAGGCACCCAGGCUAUUCUUAGUGAAAUCAGCGAUUCGUCAGUGGGCACUGUCUCUAUUGGCGGCAUCAACCACGCCAACGUCCAGCGAGUCAUCUACCAAUCCAAGUCGCCGAAGAAGGCAUUGGACGGUGUGGCAAUUGUCAGUGCCAUCAUGGCGGCUGAUGACCCCAAGGCAUCGGCUGAAAAGUUUGCACAACUGAUUAAGAGCCCUCCCCCGUUUGUAUUGACCGCACAGACGCCCCGGGCCAACGAGGCCGAAGCCUUGCUGCAAGAAGUCCCCGCUAUCGUCCGCAAGAUGGUUGAGGUCCACCCGCUCGUCCACAACAUGAUCAAUUUCGUUGUCGCUAACUUUGUGGCCAACGUCGCGCUCUCUAUUGGUGCAUCUCCUAUCAUGUCUCCCUACGGCGAUGAGGCUAAAGAUUUGUGCAAAUUCGACGGGGCUCUUCUCAUCAACAUGGGUACACUGACCAGUGAAAGUGUCUCCAACUACCAGAAAGCUCUUAGGGCGUACAACGAACGCGGAAACCCCGUCAUCUACGAUCCCGUUGGCGCCGCUGCAACUGAGAUCCGUCGAAACGCGGUAUCUCAGCUGAUGGCAGGCGGCUACUUUGAUCUCAUCAAGGGCAACGAGGGAGAGAUCCGACAAGCAUGGGGAAGCAACACUGUGCAGCAGCGCGGUGUUGAUAGUGGCCCAAGCACAUUGGAUGGUCGGCAGAAGGCCCAAUUAGCACGAGACUUGGCCAAGCGAGAGCGCAAUGUGGUCCUCUUGACUGGAGCUGUAGACUACCUAAGCGACGGUGAUCGCGUUAUUGCUGUGGAGAAUGGCCACCCCUACCUAGGCCAAGUCACUGGGACUGGUUGUGCCAUUGGCUCCAUCUCGGGCUGCUUCCUAACUGCCCACCGCUCGGAUAAACUGCUCGCCGUGCUGUCGGGUAUUCUGAUGUAUGAAAUUGCAGCCGAGAACGCGGCAUCCAAGGAGUAUGUCCGCGGCCCUGGGAGCUUUGUACCUGCUUUUCUUGAUGAACUAUAUGCAAUUCGGACAGCCGCAGCCAAGGGCGACGAUAGCUGGUUCACAGGAAGGGCAAAGGUACAUGAGGUAAAGCUCUAG